UCGUCAACGGCUCGACGCCAAAACAGGAGAGGAGACAAUUUUUCAAGUUGAGCGGCUUGAAAGUCGUCCUCUUGUUUGUCAUUGGUCGUACCGUCUCACAUUGUGAUUGCUCUGGGACAAGAUGAAGAGCCGCCGAAGCAGCAAGAAAAAAGGAGGCCGGAAGAAGGGCAAGGCUCCUGCCGUGGCCAACAAGAAUGACAAUGACAACAAGAGCAACAAUGACAACAAGAGCAACAAGAACAACAGCAACAACAACAACAGCAACACUUUCUGUCGAGCCCCAACAUUGUCAGAACAACUGACCAACAAGGAAAAGAAUGGUCUAUGCCUUCAUGGAAUUCCAGCAGGAUAUGUUGAUGCUGUGGGUGGCAAUGCCCUGGAGGCUUUCCUGGACGACUUGUUCGCCGAUUGUGACAGCGGCACCACCGCGCACUUGCUGCAGUCGCUCCAUCUAGACCAUCAUGUUUUUGACCAACCAGGCAUGGGCCAGUUCCUUUAUGGCCUUGCAGCCACUCAUUUUCUAGAAGAAUGGACCGAUUCAAUGAAUUGUUCCAAGGUGCCUGAAGCCACGGCGGCUUUUGCUGCAGCAGGGUACAUUGACAAAUGCAUUGGCAAACCCUCACUCAACGAUGGGAUUCAUCAGCUGUGGGAAAAGUGGUCUCCAGUGAGGUGGUGUAGAGUUAAGCAUUUUGGGAGCUAUCAGGAUAUAGUCACAUACUUGGACAAGAAGGUGCCAUGUGGCUGUUUGUCAGAGUACAAAACGAAGGUGCUAGAGCUGCCUGAAAAUCGAGCUUGUGAGUACUGUGCCAAGCUGACUACAAAUACCAUGUGGUGCUCCAAAUGCACUAUGCGUGAGUAUUGCGGCAAGGAAUGUCAGCUGUCUGACUGGCCUGUACAUCAAAUUCAAUGCAAACUUUUCUGUGGAAAGAUCAAGGCUGAUGAAUUUGAAUGGCGCUUGAAGGCACUGAAUGCAAGCAAAGCUAGCAGUGAUAGUAGCAAGAGCAGCAACACAAAUGGUUGAAGAACAGAAUAUCAGAGAUGCUGACAAACAGCAGUGCAUGUUUGCUUCCAGAAAAGAGGUUUGACUUCCACUCAGUCCAGCAAAGUGGGAGGAGCUUGACCUGCAGCCAGCCAGAGUUUUUAAAAUAUAGAUAGAAGAAAUAAGAUAUUUAGCCGAAGCCAUCAUACUCCC